AUGAGUCAAUACGUUCAUGUUCCAAAAUCUGAACUAGAUGAAGCCCAGCUUCGCCAACUCGAGGAGCAUGAAAUCUCGCAGGGGCCACUAUCAGUGCUUCAGCAAGCAGUCCGCAACCAUGCUCAAGUUUUGAUCUCUCUGCGCAACAACAAAAAACUGCUGGCUCGAGUAAAAGCCUUUGACAGACAUAGUAACAUGGUCCUGGAGAAUGUCAAGGAGGAACGUCCAUCCCCUUUCACUACUAUUCAAGAGCCUCGUCUGAUGGUUAAUUCACAGAUGUGGACCGAGACCCCCAAGGGAAAGAACAAGAAACCAGUCAACAAGGAUAGGUUCAUCAGCAAGAUGUUUUUGCGAGGCGACUCAGUCAUCCUGGUUCUGCGUAAUCAGGCAUAG